UGCGCGCAGGCCGGUGAAGGCACGAAGCUGGCGAUGUGCGGCUGCGGCGGGAGUUGCGGCCGGGCGACGCCGGGAGCCGCCUCGUCCUCAGGCCGCCGGCUUCCCGCCACGCCGCUCUUGCUGCUCGCCUACGUGAGCUACUUGCUGCUGGGCAGCGUCGCAUUCUGGGCACUCGAGUCGCCCCGCGAGAGAGACGCGGCGCGGCGGCUGCUGCGGGAGAAAUGGGACCUGCUGGAGAACUACACGUGUCUCGAGAGGGAGGACCUCGAGGCCCUCGCCAAGGGCAUCAUCCAGGCCUACAAGAGUGGGCUUUACCUUAAGGGAAACACGAGCCUGGGCAGAUGGGAUUUUGUUGGCUCCUUCUUCUUCUCUGUUUCUGCAGCAACAACCAUCGGCUAUGGAAACCUGAGUCCCAGCACGGUGGCUGCACAAGUCUUCUGCAUCUUCUUUGCCCUUUUUGGGAUUCCUUUGAACCUUGUCCUCCUCAAUAGGAUAGGACAGUUGAUGCUCUCUGGUGUUCAACUGUGUGCCUUUCACCUGGGUGAGAAGUUCCACUGGCAGAAAGGGGCAGCUGUCUUGACGCGGACCUGUGCGCUGGUUGCUGGCCUUCUGCUGUUCCUUCUGCUACCUCCUCUGCUGUUUACUGCCAUAGAAGGCUGGACCUACGAAGAAGGGUUCUAUUAUUCUUUCAUUACUCUUAGCACAAUAGGCUUUGGAGAUUAUGUAAUUGGCAUGAACCCGGAGCGCACCUACCCCUCCUGGUAUAAGAAUGUGGUGUCUGUGUGGAUUCUCUUUGGGAUGGCUUGGCUAGCCCUGAUCAUCAAUCUGUGCAUCAGCUUGCUAGAGAACUCCAGUGGCCUCUGCCGGUGCUGCAAGAGAAGGAGCAGAGACGCAGAGCAAGAGUUAAUAAGUGGCAACCCAAAUGUCACUUUGGAAUCUAAGGAUGGGCAGAACUGCAGCACAAAGGACACUAAGCCUGCAGGGCCAAAUUGAAUAGCAUAUAUGCUUUAUUCCACCAAAGUGUUUUGGCUUUUGCUGGAGGGGAACAUCCAGCUGGGCAGCCCAUCAUCAGAACACCAUUUCGUGGCACUGGCAGAAGUGGGGCCAUGUGGGAUCAUCCAACUCGGACCAGAGUGGAAAUCAAAGUCUGCUCCUUGGGUUGUUCAAGGACUGCCUUACAUGUGAUUUCCUUUCUACGUGGAGAUGAAUCUCCUGUGUCAGAGGAAUAAUAGAGCCUGUGCCAUCUUAGCUGAGGGGCUUUUAUAUCACUGCAGGCGUGAGCGUUGGAAAACCAUGAACAUCACUGUGCAAUUAUGGCAACGUGUGGGAGGUUUCCCCCCAUAUCAAGGUUAUUUCUGUGUAGGAAAAUUGUGCAGUGACUGUCUCACCUAAUAACCAAUACUGCUGUAGUAUUGCAACCUAUUGACUUUGUAGGGUUAUUUUCCCAAUGGAAGGCUGAGCAGAUGCUGCCACAGCCCUUGCCUUUAAUAAAGAGCAUUUGUACUCCAAAGCGUGGCAGGUUCUGUUGCAUAUACUUAUCACAGGUAACUGCCAGGGGGCUGGCAUAAAGUCAACCAGUGCCACUCUCUGGAACCAACCCCGUAGAUAGAAGUGGAGCACCAAGUGCCUCACUCUCAACCCACCAAGAUGGUCCAGUAAGAUACCAAGGUCAACGGUAUCAAAAGUUGCUGAGUGAGCAAUAUCAACAGGGUUGCACUUCCCCUGUCCCUCUCCUGUUAAUGGUCACCCCCUCAGGGUGACCAGGACUGAUUCAGUCACAUCUAGAUAAUCUGUUUCCUCUAGGAGGGCCUGGUGCUGCACAGCCGCUACCACCGGAGCUCAGGCCGAUGGAGCAGUCACAGUGCCACUUCUUUAAGCACAGCAGGCACCACUUUUGUCAUUGAGAGCUCGCCACUUUCCCCACACUAUAUGCAAGUAUCUUUUUAUAUAUAUACUAACUGACCCGGCCACGCGUUGCUGUGGACUUUUUUUGGGGGGGGGGUUAUUGAUGUCAUUUGUGUUUUGAAUGGUAAUGGUAACUUACCUGCUGAAUCAGACAAAGGUUCAUUUGGUCUAGUCUUCCAGUGAGGGUGUGAUAGACAUUUGUUUCUACCCAGCAUCUCAUAAGUGGUGGCAUCAGGCUUGUCAUUUUUAGAUACUGCAUGCCAGUAGCCAUUUUGUUGGGGCUCAGUUGGGGCAGCCAGCCUUACCUUAAAAAAACCACCAGUCAGGGGCAAUAUCCAUAAAGGCAGGGAUGAGGGGGAAGAAGAAAAAGACGGCAGAGGGUAGCCAUAGAAGCAAUAGCAAUCCUGUCAUGGAGGCAGCAGGUGAUUCCAGUUUCCUUCAUUGGGAAUAAAUGCCUGAGUGAGCACACCAAGGAGGCAAGAAAUUGAAAAGCAUAUGGAAAGCAAACCCAGAAGAUGGAUGAAAGAAAAAAACUGUGUUAGAAUAUACUGUGGUCAUUUUGGCAGAGACCAAAGGGGCUUCCUUCCUAUCCCUAUCUGGAGAACCACAGGCUUCCUUCUGCUUGUGUCCAUCACAACAUUUUCUGGAAUGCUCCCCCCCCCGCCCCCGCUUGCAUUUCAUUUAGGUACCUCUUCCACUGGCACCCUCAUCCCAUCCAUCUGUACACUUGCACCAUAUUGGGCUGGUGGUGAUUUUGAUGCAACUAAACAGCAUUUGCUUCUUUCCCCAAACUAGCUUUUGUACCAUUAGGCAUUGUCCCAUUGUAAUUUGAUCAUCUCACCUAUUCUGUCUGCAAAGAUCCCGUCAGCAAGUCAGAUUCUCUGUUGCUUCCAGCAAGUUCCUGCUGUUUCCCAGGGCUUUGGAGUGGAGUGAGGUAGUCCUAGCAGAAGGAGAUUUGUAUCAUAAAGGGUGGAAAAAUCACCCACAGAACAGUUGUCUGCCAAAACAGGGAAGGUUAUUCGUUCAAGGGUGACUAAAGAAAAACAUGCCCACUCAGCUGCUUGUUGCAGAUGACUGGGAUUCUUCCACAAUCUCCAUUGGAAAAUUACAGGAGAUACUUUAAGGUCUUUAAAAGGUUUCUUCUGAGGCCAUGCAUGUGGUUUUGCUUAAACAACCAUGUAAUUAAUUUUUUUAAAAAUAUAAUGCUUAUUGAAAGUCCCACAACCAAAUAAAUAGUUCACACCCUUUGAAAACAUACAUUAGCAUUCAAAACAAGUGACCAGAAAGUUUAAGGAAAUUCCAGCACUUGUUUCCCAGUUUCUAAACAGCUUUUUAGAUUGCCCAAGCACUUGAAAGUGAACAAAGUUAUCAUGCAUCAAUGUUAUGCUUGGGUGCAAUGGUGGCAGGCAAGAUAUUGGCCUGGUUUGUACAUCAUGUUGAUCCAAACUAUGGCUUAGUGCUAAUGUAUGAGUUUAGGGUGAAGAGUGAGAUGAUGAAGAUUAUAAUUAUAACCAUAGUUAUAAUUAGUGUAGUUUACUUACUAUUUGUGUGUGUGUAGUUGUGGUGGAAUCCUGGUCAAUAAAGAUUAUUUUCCAGCUCUUCCCACCCCCUUUCCCCCAUAGGCUUCUGUGUUAUUCGCAUGCACCCCAGAUAUCCUUCUCUGAAGGGCUCGCAUGGCUUCUGUAUAAUUUCCCAGGCAAUCUUCCUUUAGCCUGCAGGGCAAGCUCUGCAUAGUUUCAGCAAUACACCUGCACCUUAAGACUGUCAUUCAAAACGUAGGCCUGGUUCACACAACAUGGUAAGACAGAAACGAUGGCUUUGGGGGAUCACAUGAGAGAGGAGCUUGUAGACUCUUUGGUCCUCUCUGAUUCUUUUUGUUCAUAUACUAUGCUAAGUUAUGCAAAGGUGUGUCUUAACAUGUCAUCCCUAGCUAGACAAAUGUUUAAUCUGUCCCCUCACUAACCAUGACCCAUAGGCUGUAGACACUUCACUUAGCCCAGAGCGCACUUAGUGUGGGGGUAAAAAGGGGGAGGAAUAAGGCACAUGUGCAUUUCUCUCCCACAGUCCCAGUUACCCAUGGUUUGGCUUAGCUAGCUUAUAACAUACACAUUAUAUUUAUUCUCAAUUAAGAAUUUAUCCUGCAUUCUGUAAGCACCAGGCCUUAGGGUGCUCCUAUUUUUUGGAAGAUUCACUAGACUGAAACAUUUGGUCACAACAUUAUGUCUCUUAAAAAGCUAUUAAUAGCACAGGAACCCUUUUUUGGAUUAGGAAUCAGCAAAAUGUUCCAGAACUGUCCCUUGGUUCAUUAAUUCGGAUACUGUUACAACCCUGGGCUCAACAUUAAAAAUCACUGUUAUUUUAAAACAUUAAGAAAGCAUUUCUGUUCAUCUCGCUGUAUAUUUUUUGUGACUGAAUUUAUGUUUCUACUGCUUUGUGUCAUUUGGAAUAUUUUAACAAUUUCAGAGAAUCCCCAAAUGAACAAACAGAGUGCUGUCCAAACGUGAGUUUAAACCAAUAAGCCUUAGAUUAGGAAAUGAAAACACUAGCCAGCUUUCAAAAGUUUAGAAACCCAGAAAGAAAAUAUAUAAAGCAGCGGCAAGUGUACUGUUCAGGACCCAUGACAGGUCAUGGGUGGUAGACUCAUUCCAAUGUAGGAAACAUAAUUAUUUCGAGUUCAAAAAGAAAACUUCCAAGGAAAGCAGCAAAAUUUCAGCCAGGAUUUCAAAGGAAUACACCUAAUGCUUCUCAGGCCAGAGCAUAUUUCCAAAACAGCCUCAGACAGAGUUAUUUGUCCAAAGUAAUUUCAUGGAUACAGAAUCCAAAAUCUGUUACAGAACCUGUGUUCACAAGAAUCUCCUCUUUCUUUCCAGCCUUUCAAGGCUUCCAUUCAUUUACAUCUAGGUUUCACAAAGGCAUCUGGUCUACCACUGUGGGAACCGAGUACUGUACUAGACUAGGUGGGCCAUUGGCCUGAUCCAACAGGCUGUUCUUAUACAGGCGCCUUCCCACUUAUGCACAAUCGACUUGCACAUGACCGCAUAUAUAGGCUUGGCACUGGAAAAAAGAUUCAAACCAGAAAAUGGCAAGAGAGAGCUGGAGAGUCCUCGUGGCGCAUGAGGAAACCCUCCCCGGAACCUGAAGAGGAUGUCAGCGAGGGUGGAGGAAGCCCUGAAGAGACCUGAGGUGGAGCAGAGUUUUGUUUAUGCUGCUCAGCCUCCCCGCCUAGCAGCUGGUAUAUGGGGUAGUGCAGCAGCAGCAGCAACUUUCCUGCGCGGCCUCCAGCCGACCCCAGUGCUUCAGCUCUGGUGGAGGAGAGAGUUGUGUGGAGAGAGAACUGGAGAGCAGGGGGGAAACUGGUGUUUAGAGGCUUUUUAGAGGGUGCUCCUAACUUAACUGAUUUUCACUUACGCACAUGGCACCCCAGAAUGUAACCCCCACAUAAGUGGGAGGCACCUUUAUACUUGGCAAAUGUAUAUGCUCAAAAGCCUUGGCAGCCCAUGGUCUCUAGCCAGUGCUAGGAAAGUUCGUUUUAAGAAGGAACUAGCUGCAGUUCAAGUUCAUCCUGCCCCAAAAGGGACUAGUUCAGUUCGAAUUUUAAAAAACAAACAUCCGUAGCCAUUUCUUAACAGCAUUGGGAAUGUAACAAGCUGUGGUGCUCAAGUAUAAGGCCCAAAAGUACAUCAGGACCACGCACAGGUAAAAAGAUGUCUGCCAGACAUCAUUUCAACAGGUGUGUGCAUUUACAUACUAGAAAAGACUUGCACUGUUUAAUUUGUGCUAGCCACACACCUGUUGAAAGACACAGUGAAUCAUUGGUUCCUACCCCCCACCCCCGGCCUCCGAGCCUGUACUUCCUGCUGCAAAAAACACCUGUUGGAAGAAGUCCUGAGUGCUGCAACCUUGUGUCAUAGGGGAAUUUCCCCACUCUUGAUCAUUCUGAUCGUUCUUCUCUGAACCUUUUCCAAUGCUACAAAACCUUUUUUUGAAGGGGAGGCAGUCAGAGUUGUGCACAGUAUUCCAAAUGUGGCAGCACCUUAGAUUUCUGACAUUAUGUCAGAAUUUUAUUUUCCAUUCACAGCUACCACACUGGGUUGACACCCUCCCUGAGCUACGACAUUCCUGGUCAGUCAACACCUGAGUGUAGCUUUAUAAUUUUGCUGCGGUAGCUGCUUGAUGGUGCAAUGCUCUCCCCAAGGAAUCUUACCUGUUUUUAACUUUGCAAAUAUUGGCAAAUAUAUUUUUAUUCUCCUGCACUUUUGGAGAGCACUAAUUUUCAGGCCUAUGGUGACACUCCCCCCCUUUACUUUUAAUACAGUAUUUAUAUAUUUGCGUUGUCUCAAUGUAUUUUCUUUUACAUAUUGUAUCCUGUAUUUUAUUGUCCUGUAAAUCACUCCAGGACUUCUUUUGGGUGUGUGAAGUAAUAUGUAAACACACAAUAAACUAAACUGUAGUUCAUUUCCCUCUCAUUUAAACUACAGUAGCUAAUAAUGCCUCCCUAUAUCACAUACUGCAGGAAAUCUUUAAUCAAUGCUUGCACAAAACUGAUUUUUAAAACACUCUCUUUAAGUAAUAUAAAGGGCUGCUGAGUAAUUAGCAUGAUAAUCUUGUGAACCGCCCUGAGAUCUUUUAAUGAAGGACAGUAUAUAAAUCUAGUAGUAAUAAAGUAUAAAACCAACAAAGUCAAUUAAAUCAGGUGUUAUUCUCUGCUCAAUGUGACAGCCUCCAUUGUUUUCUGCCAGUUGAGUAGUAUUUCAUUGAAGUGGGCAACUCAAAAAGCUCCCAUUCCUUGUUGGCUGGUUUUGGAGCAUCUCAUAAAUGUUUGGAGUUAAACUUCAGCUAGAUAGGCUGAGAUACACAGGGCAAAUGCCAUACAGCAUAUGCAACACUCUUGAAGAAAAAUAGCUACAUUUUUGCUCAGUCACCAUCACAUUUAAUGGAAAUGGAGGUAAUGGAAUAUCGCCAUUCAUAGUUUUCCUGCAUGGAAAAUCCAGCAGUGUUGGAAUCCAACCCUCUUUUAUUAUGUUGUUAUUUAACAUUUACUUAAAUAUUGGUUCUUUUGAUAAAGAAAAACAGAGCAGGGAAAGCUUUUUUCACACCAUUACCGUGACUGUAAUGUGACUUCUUUACUCCUGAGUGAUAUCAAAGCUCAACAUGAGAAUGGAACCCUCAGGUGCUAGUCCCUCCCCUACUCAGGUGACCAUUGACAUUACCCAUUACUUCACCCACAGGUUUCAUUCAAAGCCAACUCUUCUGCCUUGAACUCUGCGAAUAUUCCAUUUUGGAAACCAUUUCCCCUCCCUCUCCCCAAAAUAGAAACAUCAAGUCUGGCUGCAUAGCUCUAACAUUUUAAAACCUUUUAAAGAUGUUCUUUAACUCCAUUUAAUCUGGCUUGUUGGGAGUUUCUUUCUAUUUGUUUUCCACUGAUGUGGAAAUCAUCCAGAUCUUUCAAACCAAUCUGAUGCUUCCAGCAUCUGGAGACAACGUCAAAUUCAUCUGAUAACUGUUAUCUCUGUUGCCUUGCAACGUGGAGUUCUGUCCUCAGAAGGAUACUUAAAGGUAAAGUGUUUCUUGCAUUCUUGAGAUGGUAUCACCAGGGAAGGGUUCAAACCCGUGUUGACUAUAAAUAGCUGUAAAAUGAAGUAGCACCAAGUGGGAGAUGUUAUCAAACAUUACUGUAACCAUUUCCCCCUCCAGUAUAAAUGAGUUAACUGGGGCUGUUUGUCUGGAUCAGUAUUCUGGCCCGCUCCAAAGGUUUUGGACCAGGGCCAUCUCAAGCAUGCCGGGGCGCCCUGGCGUCGUGGUGCGGAGAUCGCUCCGGCGCCCCCGCC